GUUUCAUCUAAGUGAAAGUAAAACAAAAAGUGGGCGAGAACAUGGUUAGUCAUUGUUCCAGAAUUUGAAAUUAACAGUGAACAGCUCAAUCACACGGCUUGACAUUCAGUCGACGUCUAAGCACAGCAAAGAAAUACUGUAUAUUGAAACAAAGCCCAAAAUUCCACCUCAUUAUGUGGAUGAUACAUAAAGUGUCAGAAUUUUUUUCGAAUAGAGCAGGAAGAUCAUCUAAACCUCAUCCUCCACUUCCACUUCUUAAUAAACCAUGGAGGCAAAUAGACUGGAGAGACAAACAGGAAUCUCUCCAGUACGUGAACGACUACAAACCUUUUGAUGAAGACCAACAGCUCAGGAUUCUUCUUUGUGGACAAUGUGGAGCUGGAAAAUCCAGUUUCAUCAACUCUGUUCAAAGUGUUUUAAGGGGCAGGAUGUGCAGACAGGCUUUGGCAGCCAACAUCUGUGACGAUAGUUUCACCAAAAAGAAAAAAACCUACAAGAUCGAAAAAGACAGUCCAGACAUCUUUUACCCUUUUGUAUUCAACGAUGUAAUGGGCUUCAACAAAAUCCUUGUAGAGGACUUGAAAAUGUCUUUGCAGGGACGUGUGAAGGACAGUUACAUGUUCAAUCCAGUAUCUAAAUUAUCAGAAGGUGAUGAGCAUUUCAACAAAACUCCAACAGAUAAUGAUAAGGUUCAUGUUCUGGUUUGUGUCGUUGCUGCUGACACAUUGUCAACCAUGAGUGACGAAGUCCUGAUGAAGUUUAAGGAACUCAGGGAGGAAGCCAGUCAUCUGGACGUUCCUCAAAUAGCCAUUCUCACCAAAGUUGAUGCAGCGUGUGCAGAGGUCAAGAACGACUUGCGGAACAUCUACAGGAGCAGAUAUCUGAAACAGCUGAUGGAAAGGUUAAGUGCAGCAGUGGGGAUUUCUAUGGACUGCAUCUUCCUCGUUAAGAACUAUCAUGAGGAAAUCGACCUCAAUGACGACAUCGACUUACUGAUCCUGAGCGCCCUGAAACACAUCCUCUACUCCGGAGAAGACUUUGUCAAGAUGAAGUUGCAAACAAGCAUAGAAUAGUGUAGUAGCAGAUAAUGUAGAAAAUGAACAUGAAAGAUCUUGUAGUAAAUAUGUUUGUC